AUGAUGGAGAAUAAUCUCGAGGAACUUGUUCCUGCACUAAUUGAUUCAUCUUGGUGUAGUGAUUUGAUAAUCAAACUAAGAGAUAUUUUUGAAAAACAAACUUCUCAAACAAUAUUAUCGUUUGUUUCUACAUCGCUCAAGUCCAUAGUUGCUAUCGAACAUUGGGUAUGGCAAAUGCUCAGUAAAGAUUCACAACAAUGGAUCGAUUUAGAUGAAUAUGUCAAAUUCUUUCAUGUACUCCAUGCAUUUAAUAUUAAAUUAAUUUCGAAUAAUGAUGGAAUUGAGCCCGAUACAAAAAAAUCACUUUUAAUUCCAUCAAAUAUUGAUUGGAUUGAUGGAAUACUUGAACAAAUUGAAACAAGCAAUGACACAUUUCUAACACUUGUCAGUUUAUGGUUUGAUACUUUAUCAUAUUUAGCCCAUCAAAUUUCUAAUAUUGCUUGUUCACCAACGAUGCUACAUUUGAUUAAUCGAUUAAGUCAUGAUUUUAUAAUGACAGAUCAAUAUAAAUUCUAUUUAAAACAACUUCGUGAACCAAAACUUACAAAAUCUGUAUUUACUCCUAAACAAUGUUUUUAUAUCAAAACAUCUUCAUUUUUAUUGAACAUUUAUUUAUGGUUGGAAUCAAAAAAUUUUCCUUUGAUUAGCGAAGAGAUUAUUAAAUUUCUUAGUGAAGAUUAUUCACAAAUAGUUCUUGUGCAUAGUUACACUAUCGACUCGUGGAGUAGUGAAUUGCUUUCUUGCAUUGCACAUAUUAUCGGUCUUAUAUGUUCAUCAUGUUGGUGGGGUGAACAAAAGCCUGAAAAUAUCGAACAUAUUGUUCCAUCUAAUGAUACAACAUAUGAACAUAUUUUUGCACUUAUUCGUCUUGUUAGUUAUCAACCUUUUCAUCAACGCAUUUCUGCUGAAUUCUACAAUGAUGAAACUGUUCUUAUGGAUGCAUGUUUAAUAUUUUUAUUUCGUACAGCAAAAACAUAUGAUUUAGGUUGUUUCAUAAGUUCACAAACAAAUUUACCUGCAACACUUUGGUCCAUAGCACAAAUAUCACCCUAUGAUCCGAUUCGUAUAUAUGCAUAUGGAUUUCUAGCGGAAGUUCUUUCUGAUAAACAAUUGAAAGAAUGGAAAAUUAGUGAUACUAUGUGUGAAUUUUACUUUAAUAUUCUUGAACAAGCAUGGAAUCAUCCAACAAAAAAAUGGAAAAAAAUAACAAUUCCAUAUUUAUUAAAAGGUUUUCUAAGCUUAUCAUCAAAUGAUACUAUUCAAACAGCCACAGUUAAUUUCAACAAAAUAUCUUUAUUUAUUGAAUUAUGUGAUCAUUAUCCUAUAGCAUUCGAUAUUAUUUGGGCUCUUUCAUUCAAUUCAGUUAUUGUUAAACAACUUCAAUUAAAUCAAGCAUUCACAACUAAAUUAGUUCAAAUCAAUCACCAAACAAAUGAUGAAAAUAUGAGUAAAAUUGUGAAUGGUAUUCUUUGGAAUUUAAAUUUAGAUCGUGAAGAAAACAUUAUAUUGGACGACAGUAGUCAUGAAAAGAAAUUCGAUAUUAUGAUCAGUUAUUCACAUAAAGAUAAAGAAAUUUGUUUUCUAAGCUUAUCAUCGAAUGAUACUAUUCAAACAGCCACAGUUAAUUUCAACAAAAUAUCAUUAUUUAUUGAAUUAUGUGAUCAUUAUCCUAUGGCAUUCGAUAUUAUUUGGGCUCUUUCAUUCAAUUCAGUUAUUGUUAAACAACUUCAAUCAAAUCAAGCAUUCACAACUAAAUUAGUUCAAAUCAAUCAUCAAACAAAUGAUGAAAAUAUGAGUAAAAUUGUGAAUGGUAUUCUUUGGAAUUUAAAUUUAGAUCGUGAAGAAAACAUUAUAUUGGACGACAGUAGUCAUGAAAAGAAAUUCGAUAUUAUGAUCAGUUAUUCACAUAAAGAUAAAGAAAUUUGUAAACAAUUAUAUGAAGAACUUGUUCGAGUUGGUUAUCGAAUAUGGAUUGAUUUUGAUCAGAUGCAUGGAAAUGUUAUGGAUUCAAUGGUAGAAGCUAUUGAACAAUCUCGAACUAUAAUGAUUUGUAUGAGUGAACAAUAUCGACGAAGUAAUUAUUGUCGAGCUGAAGCACAAUAUGCAUUUCAAAAACAAUUACAUAUGGUACCAAUUCUCUUGCAAAAACAUUACAAACCUGAUGGAUGGCUUGCAUUUCUAAUUGGUUCAUUACUUUAUGUUGAUUUUACUAAACAUGAAUAUUCGAAAGCACUCGAUAUGUUAAUGAAGGAACUCAAAAUGGCUGAUAAACGUAAUAAAACUUUAACUAAACUUGUUCCACCAAAAUUAAAUCCUGAGAAUUUAUUGAAUGGUUCCUCUCGUUCGACACAGUCAUCAUCACAAUUAAUAAUACUUCCUGAAAAUAUUCAAGAUUGGACAGAAACACAUGUACAAAAAUGGCUUUCUGAAAACAAUCUUCCACAAAUGGCUCGUAUUUUAUCGAGUAUGGAUGGUCUAAGUUUAAUCUUUUUCAGUGAAUACAUGGCCAAUAGUGAACCAGAACAAGUUUUAUCAUUACUUGAAAAAGAUUCACUUCGUUGUAUAAAUGAAAGUGUAUCACUAAUUGAAGUAUCUCGUUUCCGAACUUUGAUCGAAAGAAAAAAUAUCGCUAUGCUCACACCAGCCAAACAGAUAAAGAAGGAAACGACAGUCUGGAAUUAUGCCAAAUAUUGUAACAUAAUGUAG